AUGCCGGAGAGCAGCCCCGCACAGAGGGAUCCGGGGGUGGUGGUUGACAGUAGGCUUCUUGAUGCUAUUGACAAGGAAGGCUUGAAGAAUACCACAUUUGUUUAUUUUGCAUCUGAUCACGGUGGAUCUGUACAGGCUUACAGAGGAAAUGCCCGCUUAGGUGGAUGGAAUGGGAUCUAUAAAGGUGGAAAAGGAAUGAGAGGUUUGGAAAGAGGGACCCGUGUUCCAGGAAUAGUUAGAUGGCCUGGAGCGUUGCCUGCAGACAUAGUUAUCAGUGAACCAACAAGCCUUAUGGACGUUUUCCCAACGGUGGUUCAGCUGGCUGGAGGGGUAGUGCCUCAAGACAGGGUCAUCGACGGACGCAUCUUACUGCCUCUACUGCAGGGGACAGCUCGGCACUCAGAGCACGAGUUCAUGUUUCACUACUGUGGUGCGGUGUUGCAUGCAGUGCAGUGGCACCAAAAGGACAGGGGCACCACAUGGAAAGCUCAUUAUGUGACUCCAGUAUUCCAGCCAGAAGAUUCCAGAGCCUGUUUUGGAAGACGAAUUUGCCCGUGUUUCGGGGACGGUGUAACCCGUCAUGACCCUCCCUUGCUGUUUGAUCUCUCCCAAGAUCCUUCUGAGGCAAAUCCUCUCUCAGCUGACACUGAGCCCUUGUUUGAUACCACAGUGAGCAGAAUAGGGAAGGCUGUGGAAGAGCAUCGCAGGACGCUGCCUCCAGUCCCACAGCAGCUCUCUUCUUACAAUAACAUAUGGAAGCCGUGGCUGCAGCCGUGCUGUGGCAUGUUUCCCUUCUGUUGGUGUGAUAAAGAAACCAACAAAGCCGAUGACAUGCUUAAAUACCAAAAUCAAAGUACAGUUAGCUUAAAAAAGGUACUAAUUUUCACAUGCACAGGACUACAGUCAUAUAGAGAUGGGGACAAAUUACACUGUAAUAACUGAAAGGGACAAUCUCUUCUCUCACAAAAAUUCACUCAGCCUAUACUUUAAAAAAAAAAAAGAAAUAUAUAUAUAUAUAUAUGCUCAAAACAUAUUUUGUCUGAGUCACCUGUAUAAUCUAUACCUCAAAUGCACAAUUCUAGGUCAAAUAUCCAGGUAAAUGAACCAAAAUUUCUUUCCUCACUGAUUUUAAAUUCAAAUAAGUUCUAGAUGGCAUGAAAUCAAACUUUAAUUGCUGCUGUAUAUACAGGUAACAUGCUUGUUAAGGCAAAACGACUGAGCCCAAGUAGAUCUCUCCUUUCAAGCCUUGCCUUUUUAAUAAAAAAAGCUGUUGUGUGCUUAGAGCACAGUUAGGCAUUUAACUUGGAGCCAUGAAAACACACUGGCCUCUAAGAAAUAAAAGCUUUUAUUUUACAGCAACA